CGGCAGUGGCGGGCCGGCCCGCUGUCAGUGGGCGGCGCGAGGCAGCGGCGACGGAGCUCCGCCAUCGGCGAUGGCUGGCGAGGCGCGGGCCGCCGAUGCUGACGGCGACGAAUGCGCAGCUCCAUGCACUAGAGAACAACAAGCAGCAAAUAUUAGUCUCCACAAAACAAUAUGCACAGUGCUUUCUUUGCAUGCCUAUCGAUUUCUGCGGAUGCAGGUUGUGACAUCGUGUAUUUCAGUGGCUGCCCAAGUUUUGUUGCCACACCUGCUUGCUGCAUGUCGAGCACUACACAACCUGAUUGUUUCAAUCUUAAAGCGCCAGCUAUUCUCUCUUCCAGCACUUUCUGUCAAAUGUGCAGCUGAUCGCAGGAAAAGAUCUGAAGAAAAUAAUAUUAUGAAGACAGGCAAUGAAGAUAUUCAUAUAGAGGUCCUGUAUGAACCUACAGCAAAUUCUGUUCCACGAGCAGAUAUUAUAUUUAUACAUGGACUCCAUGGUGGGCCAAACAAGACGUGGAGACAAGGCAGCUGGAAACAUGGAAGGGCAUGUAUUCAGCCCCAGCCACUAAAGAAGGAAGAUCAUGAGAAUGAGAAGCAAUGGGAAAGUGAUGACUCAAAACAUGAGGACCUAGCAGACAUGAAAAAAACAUACUCAGCCUGCUGGCCCCGUGACUGGUUGCCACUAGAUUGUCCAGGAGUACGUGUGAUAGCAGUUAACUACUCCACAGAUGCAAUGCUUUGGUGCCCUGUUGGAGUUAAACAACCACCACGCACAUCAAUGAUCGAAAGAAGCUGUAAAAUGAUAGAGCUUUUGUGCAGGAUUGGUGUAGGAAAUUACCCAAUUGUUUGGGUAGGCCAUUCAAAAGGUGGACUGUUUGUGAAGCAAAUAAUAGUUUAUGCACAAGAAAGUGGCAAAGAAAAUUUAGCUGGUCUGUACCGUAAUACGAGAGGAAUAAUGUUCUACAGUGUGCCUCAUCGUGGAUCUGUCCCUGCCAAGAUAAACUUGCCAUUUCUCAGGCAAUCCAUCGAACUGACAGAAGUACAUGCAAAUUGUCAUAAUGUCUUGGAGCUCCAUGAAAAAUUUCUUUCCCUUGUAAAUAGAAAUCUGUUACAAGCUGAAGUCUGCAGUUUCACAGAAACAGUUCAGACAUUUAUGAAGCUUGUUUACUUACAGAUUGUGUCAGUUGAAUCAGCAGAUGCUGGGAUUGGUGAAUUGUAUGGUGCUCCUCUAGAUCACACCAGUAUAUGCAAACCUGUUGAUAGCAGGACAAAUCAUCCCACCAUCAACAGCCAGCCCAGCAGCAGAAAUCAAUCCACCACCAUCAGGCAGUACAACAGCAACAACCAAUCAACUCCUAAACAGAAAAAUCAAACAACCAUUGCACAUAAUGGAUAUUUUAGUUCCAGUGAGCCUAAGGCAAAUACAAAGGUACUGUUUUCUCUACAGGCAGCUCGUAAAUUUGAUCAACAGGACAGUGUGAUGAAGAAAAGUUAACAUGCCCAACAGAAGUCAGAAGCCCUAUAUCUGUUUUUCAGCAAACACUUCAAAGAUAUCAGGCUCCAUAAGUAUUUUCACUGCAUAUGGUGAUGAAGUGUAAAUACUAUUUGAAUGAAAUACAAGUUGCAGUAACAUUGUUAGCUGAACACAACUGUUUCUGUUCGCAUAUUUAUAAGAAAUCAUCUACUCAAAUAUAUACAGAUCUUCAAUAAACACCGUGAACUGCUGUAAAAGGUUCAUUUAAUACUAAAUGUACUAUUGUGUUUAGAAUAAACUUUCAUACUCAUA